UGUAGCUGUCCAAUGUGCAGAGAAUCAUUUUCGAUAAAGCUGGAAGAAAUAAAGACAAAUUUUUGUCUAGUGAAUAUGAUUGAACUAAUUAAAAAUUCAACAGGGUCAUCUGAAUUCUGCUCAUUUUGUCUUUUAAUGGAGGAGAAGCGUCCAGCUGUUUCGCAGUGUUUAACCUGUCUUGAUUAUUUAUGCAACGAAUGUGGAAAAAUGAGGCAUGCCUUUACUCGACAAACAAGAGACCAUAAAGUUGUUUCUAUGAAGGACAUCAAAACUGGAAAGUUUGAAAAAGAAAUAAGAUUAGCACAAAAAGAGCGUUGUUCAAAGCAUGCAGAUGAAAUUUUAGCUUUCUUCUGCAUGUCAUGUCAACUGCCUGUUUGUCGGGAUUGUUUAAUAUAUGAACAUAGGGAACACAAAUUCAAACCAAUUUCUGAACUUCGAAAAGCAAAAGAGCUUGAAAUCAAUGAAGUUAUUAAUCCUCUUAAGAAAAAAUUAAAGGAUUUUCAAGAUUGCAGUGCUUCAAUUACAGUAGAAUUAAAAGAUUGCGAAGCAAAAGAGAAUAAGAUCCUUCAAGAAAUCAGUAAAAGUUGUCUGGAAGCAAUCAAUUGUAUCAAAACGUCUCAAAGAAAUAUUGAGAAAGAGAUACAAAACCAGAUGCAUUUACACAAAGAAAAUCUGCAGCAUGCAUUUGAUAAUAUCUCUAAACAUUGUAAAAGUAUCGAAGAGUCAAUUACCUUUUCAAAUAACAUUUUAAUGGACGGAAAUGAUUUUGAAGUUUUGCAGCUUAUGGAUGAAAUUUAUGAACGUGUCCUUAGUUUAAAUGGAUUGAACUGUACGGAAAUGUGUCUGUCCAAAAAUAAAGAACUACCAGAAUACAAAAUUACGUGGAAGGAACCCAAACUUCUAAGCUUCUCUUUGAAAACUUCUGGUGCCAAAACCUCAAGUAUCCAAACUGAAGAAAAAGAUUACGCAUAUGUAGAGCCAGUUAUAGAUGAAUGCAGAGAGGAAAAGGAGGAAAAUGAUAAAAUCACAGAUCUCCCCUCUUCAGAACACAUUUGUUGUCUCUUUCCUAGAGCGCGGUUUGAACCUCUCUCUGCUAGUGCGCCAUAUUUACCUCCCUCGAUUAAAAUUGCCAAGCAAUGUGUACUUUCUUUUGUAAGAACACUUAAGUUUAAUGUCAGCGAUGACCAAUGUACACCAGUUCAUUCAAGUGUGACGUGGACUCGGGAUGGUCGCGUUGUUGCUAUUGACAAAAUGAGUGAAAAAAUGUUAAGCAUAACAUUGUCUACGGAAGUGAAAAAGUCAAUUAAAAUUCCCAAAAUUCUUUCAGUUUCUGCAAAUGCAGCUGGAUUUGUUUGCAAAACUAGUGAUGGCUAUUUAUUGAAACUUGAUAGACAGUUUGCAGAAAUAGGUAGAUAUGAAGGAGUGUCGACGAUUGUGUCCACGUCGCCAAACAAUAGAUUAACGAUAUAG